AUGUCAAAAGAAAAAUAUCAAAUUGUCCCUUUCGCGGGGGACAAUUACAACGCGUGGGAAUUCCGAUUGAAAAGUAUCCUGCGGGAUAAUGGAGUAAUAAAGGCGAUCGAAAAGGAGGACUUUAAUGUGGACGCCCUGGACACAAAAAAAUCCAGUGUAGGAGCACUCAGCAGGCACCGCACAAGGCUGGUGACUGGAGACUUCACGGCAGUGGACGUAGCGACUGAAAAUACAACGGAGGCCGAGACGACAGUAAGGCAACUCAUUACCAGACCCAAGGGAGAGGUAGAGGAAAGUCAUUUCUUACAGGCACUGAAAAUACUGAAGGUAACAAAUUUGGAAGAAACAUGUUCAGAGUCCCCUAAAACUAUUAGUAUUGAUGUAGAAUCUGUCUCGGAUAAGAAAGAAAAAGAUAUUAGUAGUAGUCCUGAGAAAACCAAUACCCCUUUAACUUCUGAUAAUUAUUUAGAGUCAUUUAAACCUGAGGGAAGGGAUACAGAUGAUGUUAAUUCUAGGGAAAAAAGAAAGAAAACUAAACCAAAAUAUUUACAAGAAUUUGUCACUGAUGAUUCUGAUUUGGAUGGUAUAUUAAUGGCAUCAUUUUUAUCUUGUUCUAAUGAAACCAGAGAUUGA